AUGAAGCUAUCUGUUAUUUUUCUAACCGUCUUGGUGCCAUCUCACGCCCGAUUGUAUGCAUCCCAACAGCACCGACGCCAAGUCCUUGUAGCACUCGCUUCGACCACUUUUCCCCUUUACAGCCAGCAGUGCGACCGAGACGAAGGACCGCGAGUGGAAAACGAUGCCGAUACCUUUGGCAGCGGUGUAAAGUACCAUAAUGAUAGUCCAGCUUUUCCAGUCCUCCUUUCCGGUGGGAAAUGUGCUGAUCCACUCAAGGCUGCCUGUUCCAUUCGUAACGACCCUAAACUCGCGUACAUGGAAGGGCCCAUUGAUUGUGGUGAUAACGGCUUCUUCUGUACCGUAACCGAGCAAGAUGACUGGGAACCAAGAGAGCUCUUGGACAAUCUCAACUUUGGAUACUGCAAUCGGACCGAAGCCUUUGAUGGGACUGAGUUUCAAGACGAUGGUCAUUGUCAUGGUUCUGACGAUGACUCUGCAUACUACUGGGUUCUUCGAGAUCAUUGGUUCCGUCAAUAUAAUGGCCGUCUUCGCUGCUGCUGUAAUUGGGAUAGUGAAGAAGUCGAUGACGACGAUCCAUUGAGUAAUGGUCUCUUUACCAAUCGUUGUGAUUACCGCCGUUGGGUUCCUGAACGUCAAGAAGGUGACUGCCGGAAUGCUAAUAAAGCAGUCAAGAAUUUCGAAGAUGGAUGCGAUCCCGAUGUCGAAGCACAGCAAACUGGCAAUCCAGUCCCCGAAAACGAUGCUGUCUGCUGGGAAAUCUUGAACUUUGGACAGCCCAAACCUUUCUUUGCAGAAGGAGACGUGUGUAAGGACGAUGGGGACUUUAUUUUUAAGAAAAUUCCAGGUCGCGACUGUGACUGGGUUGGAAAACGUCCAUCGGUUCGUUGUGAACGCGAAUACGAAGGCAAAGAUUUGAUGGAAUACUGUCCUCGCACUUGUGGAUUGUGCCCUGGCGAUGAUGAAGGCAAGCAAGAGGACGAUGAUGGAGCCUUGGAUGGCUGCAUCGACGACUUGGAGUUUCGAUUCCGCAACAAAGAGGACCGCGAUUGCGAAUGGGUCGGGCGUCGACCCAAUGUCCGUUGCCAACGCAUCUGGGAUGGUCAGUCAUUGGAAAUUUUUUGCCCUGAAUCGUGCGGAGUUUGUGAGUAG